AACUGGCCAGACACACUAUAAAUUCUCCCUACCCUUCAUGUGAACUGCAGAAACCUUGGAGACACCCCGAGCAGCAGUGUUCCUCCCUGCACAAACGAAGGUUCAGAACAAUGGAAGCUUUGAAUAAAGCAAACACAAGCUUUGCUCUCGACUUUUUCAAACAUGAGUGUCAGGAAGAUGGUGACAAGAAUAUUUUGUUCUCCCCUUUGAGUAUUUCAUCUGCCCUGGCUACAGUUUAUUUGGGAGCCAAAGGUAACACUGCAGAUCAGAUGGCAAAGGUACUUCACUUUAACAAAGCUGAAGGAGCCAGAAAUGUCACCACAACCAUAAAAAUGCAAGUCUAUUCCAGAACAGAAGAGAGUCUAUCAAAUCGAUGUGCCUGUUUCCAGAAGACAGAAAUUGGCAAAUCGGAUAAUAUCCAUACUGGGUUUAAAGCACUCAACUUUGCAAUCAACCAACCCACUACAAAUUACCUGCUUAAAAGCGUCAACCAGUUAUAUGGAGAAAAAACACUGCCUUUCAGCAAGGAAUACUUACAGUUAGCCAAGAAAUACUACAACGCCGAGCCACAAUCAGUUGACUUUGUGGGAGCAGCAGAUGAAACCAGGAGGGAGAUCAAUUCUAAGGUCGAACACCAGACUGAAGGCAAAAUAAAAAAUCUGCUGCCUCCUGGAUCCGUAGAUUCCCUCACCAGACUAGUCCUGACAAAUGCUCUCUACUUCAAAGGAAACUGGGCAACAAAGUUCGAAGCUAAAGCUACCAGGCAAAGGCCUUUCAGAAUAAACACGCAUACAACUAAGCCAGUGCCAAUGAUGUACUUGAGUGAUAAAUUUAACUGGACGUUCGUAGAAUCAGUCCAGACUGAUGUUCUUGAGCUUCCAUACGUCAAUAAUGACCUCAGCAUGUUUAUCCUGCUACCAAGUGACAUCACCGGCCUACAAAAGCUAGAAAGAGAAUUGACUUUUGAAAACUUGUCUGCAUGGACCAGCCCAGAACUAAUGGAGAAAAUGAAAAUGGAGGUCUAUCUGCCCAGGUUCACGUUAGAAGAGAAAUAUGACCUCAAAUCUACUUUGAGCAGGAUGGGGAUACAAGAUGCCUUUACUGAAGGUCAAGCUGAUUUCACAGCAAUGUCAGAGAAUGGCGAGCUGUUUUUGUCACAAGUUUUUCACAAGUGUUAUCUGGAAGUCAAUGAAGAAGGCACAGAGGCAGCAGCUGCCAGUUCAGCAGCACUGGCAUCAAGAAGUCUUGGUGCUACUAUUAUUUUUGUAGCAGAUCACCCUUUCCUCUUCUUUAUCAGGCACAACAAGACCAAGAGUAUCCUCUUCUUGGGAAGGUUCUCUUCCCCCUAGAAACUUGACCAUUACUAAACAGGUUCUCGCAACAGCGAUAAUGAACAAAAUACACACCACAAAGAGCAUCUCAAUAGUCUGUGCACUACUUCUUCAUUUUCCUGUACUGUUGACAAAUCUCUCAAUGUUAGAAGAGAGCACAUAUUAAAAAUAAC